UUAUAAAUCUCAUGUGAUACAAUGCUAUUGCUAACUAAUUAGUUCAUUGUUUUUGACUUUGCAAACCAUGAAUUCCUACAGCAUUUCAGCACUGCAAAAAAUCCCAAUUCUCUUAUUGUCCCUUGCAUUUCUCAACCAAUAUUACAUAGCUGCUAUACAAGUUAAUAACAAGCCUCCACCUUACUAUGAAUGUUCAAGCAACAUCACUAGCACUUACACCCCCAACAGCACCUUCCACACCAACCUUCAAACUCUUCUGUCAUGGCUUUCCUCCAACGCCACACCCACGGUUCAAGUCUACAACGCCGCUGUUGUGGAAAACAACAACAACAACACGGUCUAUGGCCUCUUCAUGUGCAGAUUUGACGGGGAACCGAACUGCGAAGACUGCGUGAUAAACAACACAAAAGUGAUAACAAAAGUGUGUCCCAUGGCAAAAGAAGCCAUACUUUGGGACGCUAAUUGCAUGGUGCGUUACUCCAAUCAUUAUUUCCUCACCACAGUGGAAGGGAGUCCUAAAAUCACCGCGAUGAACGAUGAGGACUACGUGGGUCAGAUUGGCCACUUCAACAGCUUACUCUGGGACACUAUGAAUGAGGUGAGAAACAGAACAGUAAAUGCUCCUCCAGGAUCCAUGAAGUAUGCUUACAAGUCAGUGAACAUCACAGCUAACCAAACACUAUAUGCAAGUGAAUAUUGUACCCCUUACCUUUCCCGAGAAAACUGCAGUUGGUGUCUCAAUGAUGCCUUGGCGGAAGUACAAACCUCUUGUUGCAAAGGGAAAAGGGGAGGCAGAGUUAUUUACCCCAGUUGCGGUCUUAGAUUCGAACUAUAUCCAUUUUAUCAUGCGGCCACUUCUAUUUCGCCAACUGUUCCUCUUAACCCUUUGGCACCACCAGAACCAGGAAAAAGAAAACAUUCAAAAACAGUAAUCAUUGUGGUUGUCACAGUUGUUGUCUUAGGGGUGCUUUUAUCUUUGGGUUGCGGCUGUUUCGUGAGCAGGGGACGGAGGAAGAAUCACGGGAGUAUUCUCAAAGAAAGCUUUGGGAAUGGAGUUUCUAUUUUGGAAUCCUUUUGGUUUGACUUAGGCGAAAUUGAAGCUGCAACGAGUAAGUUUGCUAAAGAAAAUAUGAUUGGAAAAGGUGGAUUUGGAGAAGUCUACAAGGGUGUGCUUUCCAAUGGGCAAGAGAUAGCUGUGAAGAGGCUUUUGGGAAGCUCUGGUCAAGGUGCAAUAGAAUUCAAGAAUGAGGUCCUUGCUAUAGCUCAACUUCAACACAAAAAUCUAGUGAAAUUACUAGGAUUUUGUGUGGAUGGGCAAGAAAAGAUACUCAUAUAUGAGUAUGUACCCAACAAGAGUCUGGACUACUUUUUAUUAGAUCCCCAAAAGAGAAAACAAUUAAAUUGGUUGGAGCGACGCAAGAUUAUAGGAGGAAUUGCUCGAGGAAUUCUUUAUCUCCAUGAGGAUUCACGCCUCAAAAUUAUACACCGAGAUCUCAAACCUAGUAAUGUUUUGUUAGACAGUGACAUGAAUCCAAAAAUCUCAGAUUUUGGAAUGGCUAGAAUUGUUGCUGCUGAUAACAUUGAAGAAAAUACUCAUAGAAUUGUUGGGACUUUCGGUUACAUGUCUCCAGAGUAUGCAAUGAAUGGUCACUUUUCUGUGAAAUCUGAUGUGUUCAGUUUCGGAGUCAUGGUCCUAGAUAUUAUUAGUGGGAAAAGGAAAGGUUCUUACCCUGAUUCAGACAUUUCAAAUCGGGUUGAUAACAUACGGAAAUAUGCUUGGACAAAGUGGAUAGACCAAACACCAUUAGAACUAUUAGAUCCUCAUCUGGAAGGAUCAUAUUCUGAACAUGAAGUGAUUAGAUGCAUCCAUAUCGGUUUAUUAUGUGUACAAGAAGACCCGAAUGACAGACCAACAAUGGCAAAAGUUGUUUCUUUCCUGAAUAAUCCUACAAUAGAUUUGCCAACACCUACUCAGCAAUUAUUUUUCAUGCAUAGAAAAAUGGAGGAUUUUGAUGAUUCAAACUAUGAAUCUAUCAAUAACAUGACAGAGAGUCAAUAUUCUCCUAGAUAAUUCUGUAACUGGUGAUCAUAUUAGUUUAAUGGGAAUUUCUCUUCUUUUUUUGUCAAA